AAAGUUUGCGUUCACCACGUGAGACAAUCGCACUUCCUCUAAAUGAGAAAAAAAACUGUUAUUUCUUUCACUCCAUCUCUAACAGGGAUUAUCUGAAGUUUGCACAGGGCUUCAUAUCAGCGGAGGAUCAGCACCACCACCAUGCAGAACGUGUCAAAGCCGCCUGCAUUGGUGCUGCCUCCUCAUGGAGCCGUAGCUAUGAGGAUCAAGGGCUCCACAACCAGCAGCGGAGAACGCCUGAGUCAGACCAAAUCUAUGGUCAUUCCAGAUCUCGAAACACCUCAGAAACCGAUCAACCGACAUCGAAGGAACCAGUCACAGCACAAUGUUGGUCAGGGACUGCAGUUUCACGUUGACUUGCAAGGAGAAUAUUUGAACAAGGCCAAGAUUUCAGAAGGAGGAAAGAAACUGAGGAAAAACUGGACAUCAUCCUGGGUCGUUCUUUGCUCGGGCGAGCUGCAUUUUUACAAAGAGAGCAAGCAAGAGGCGCUGGCUAAUUUGAAACCAGGAUGUAAACCAGAUGGAGUAGACCUGUGUGGAGCAGUAAUAGACUGGACUUCAGAGAAAUCAAGCCGGAAGAAUGUAUUUCAGAUAACAACCAGGUCCGGAGACGAGUUCCUCCUGCAGUCAGAUGACUACGCCACAAUCAGCAAAUGGCAUGACGCCAUCAAAAGAGCAGUGGACAAAUCAUCUAGUGGAGACGCAAGGCCUGGAGGAGGGAAAGCCACCAUAGUGAGGUCCAACAGUACGGAGUGUCUGACCAGACAAGCCUCUGACUCAACAAAAAUCAAAGCCAAAGAGCCAAAGCCUGAGAACAGACGUUCUAUCAUGUUCAAGCUAAACUACAGUGCCUCAGACAGUGCAGAUAAGAAUGGCGUGAAGAACAGGCUGAAGAAGUUCAUCUCCAGACGGCCCUCCAUGAAAACAUUACAGGAGAAAGGCCUCAUUAAAGAUUGCGUGUUCGGCUGUCAUUUGUUGACUCUGUGUCAACGUGAAGGGACCACGGUGCCCAGAUUUGUCCAGCUGUGUGUGAAGGAGGUGGAAAAACGAGGGCUAGAGGCUGAUGGUAUAUACAGAGUGAGUGGUAACCUGUCCACCAUUCAGAAACUACGCUUCCUAGUUGACCAAGAGGAGGAGCUGAAUUUGGGCGACAGCCAAUGGGAGGACAUCCAUGUCAUCACCGGAGCACUAAAGAUGUUUUUCCGUGAACUGCCAGAGCCGCUGUUUCCCUUUCGCUUUUUCGACGCGUUCGUGGAAGCCAUAAAAACGAAGGAGCAAAAGCAGAAGAUCCAGGCGCUGAAGAAGCUGGUCCAUCAGCUCCCUAAACCCAACCAUAACACCAUAAAACUGCUGUUCCAUCAUCUGCAGAGAGUUCUAACAAAGUCACGGCAAAACCUCAUGUCAAGCCAAGGCAUCAGUAUUGUUUUUGGACCCACUCUGAUGUGGCCGGAGCUGGACACCGGGAACAUGGCUGUCAACAUGGUGUACCAGAAUCAAAUCGUGGAGUUCAUGCUCAUUGAAUGUCAGGAGAUUUUUGGACCAGAGGGCAAGUAACAAGUGCUUAAAAAUAAAACGGCACAUUCUGAGAGGACGACUGCACGGAAGGUUUAAGUGAGGAGGAGACAGAGACCAAAGAUAGAAGGCGCUGGCAGGGACCUCGCGUUCUGAGCAACUGCAUUUCCUGUUUUUGAAAUGCACUUUUGUAUCCGUCAGUUGACAUUUGCAGUUUCAAAGAAGAAGAAAA